UUUCCUUUUGUGUGUCUCGUGAGUGUGUUGUUGACACCGCCCCUCCGGAGCUGCAACGAACACCGUCACUAGCGGUCUGACGGUCACAUCUGCCCGGGUAUAUACGCGUCUCCACCGCGACAACAUGUGCGGAACAGAAAACAUCCCCGAGGAGAAGCAGCAGCAUUGUUCUUUGCCUCUAUUUGUACGGGUGCUCACUAUGUAGACCACCGACGCCUGCAGAUACUCACCUGUUAUUAAUUAGCCGAUGCUAUCGCCGCUAUUUCUAAUAUACGGUUGUCACCGCGGCCGCCGGGUGAGCGAAGCGUCGAGCUAACCCGUAUAAGUGAGCUUAAACCCGCGCUAAGAGCGCUAGACCAUCGGCUAGCAUAGCACGAGAGGUGACCAAAAAAUGGCAUCUCCCGCCGAGCACGACCUGGCUCUGUCUGAAGCCGACAGCAGCAAAGAGAAAACGCAGGUGUUUGGAAUAUUGAGGUUACAAGAGGAGAAAUCUAGCGGCGGGGAUAAGCCCAACAUAAGCGGCACCGUGAGAGGCGGCGGCGGGGGAGGAGGAGAUGGACGAUGGCAAGCUCCCAUCUUCGCUUUAGCCAGGAAAGCAUCCGAAACCAUUUCAGGGAGCAUUCAUGUCCUGCCUAAAGUGUCAGAGAACAGAGCAUCCAUGCCUGGCGAGUGGACCGUGCAAGCCCUGCGGGACCCCAUGACCAUGGAGCGAGCCAACCUGCUCAACAUGGCCAAGCUAAGUAUUAAAGGUCUGAUCGAGUCUGCUCUGAGCUUUGGAAGAACGCUGGACUCGGACUACCCACCACUGCAGCAGUUCUUUGUUGUCAUGGAGCACUGCCUCAAACACGGUCUGCGAGUGAAAAAGUCCUUUCUGGGAUUUAAUAAGUCUUUGUGGGGUCCUCUGGAGCUAGUGGAAAAACUGUGUCCUGAAGCAGCGGAGAUCUCAGCCUCAGUACGAGAUCUGCCAGGACUCAAAACUCCUUUAGGACGGGCCCGUGCGUGGUUGAGAUUGGCCCUCAUGCAGAAGCGGCUGGCCGACUAUCUGCGACUACUCAUUUCUAGAAAAGACCUGCUCUGUGACUUCUAUGAGAACUCAGCGCUGAUGCUGGAGGAGGAGGGGGCCGUCAUAGUGGGUCUGCUGGUGGGCCUGAACGUAAUUGAUGCCAAUCUGUGUGUCAAAGGCGAAGACCUGGACUCUCAGGUUGGGGUGAUUGACUUCUCCAUGUACUUAAAGAACGACAUUGAUGAUUACAGGAGUGAGGAGAGGAACAGCCAAAUAGCAUCCAUCCUGGAUCAAAAGAACUAUGUAGAAGAGCUCAAUCGGCAACUAAAUUCUACAGUUCAUGGACUUCAAGGCAGAGUAGACUCUCUGGAAAAGUCAAACUCUAAACUCAUAGAAGAGUUAGCUAUAGCCAAAAACAACAUCAUCAAACUACAAGAAGAAAACCAGCAACUAAGGAGUGAAAACAGCAUCAUUAUUCUGAAGGCACAACAACAUUUAGAGUUGUCUCAAGGUGACGUGUCCCUGGAGCGAGACACAUACAAACAAUCCCGUCAAGGUUUGGAUGAGAUGUACAAUGAGGCACAAAGACAGCUGAAGGAGGAGUGUCAGCUAAGACAGGAUGUGGAGAACGAGCUUGUGGUCCAGGUGUCAAUGAAGCAAGAAAUGGAGUUGGCUAUGAAACUUUUUGAGAAAGAUAUUCAUGAGAAACAGGACACACUGAUUGGGCUGAGACACCAACUGGAUGAGGUCAAAGCCAUCAAUGUAGAGAUGUACCAGAAGGUGCAGUCCUCUGACGAGGAGAUGAAGAAGAAGAACAACAUGAUCAGCCGUCUGGAGGAAAAGACCAAUCAGAUCACUGCAACUAUGAAGCAGCUGGAGCAGAGCGAUAAAGAUCUGUUAAGUCAGACCAGAACAUUGGCCAUGUCGUUUGUCAAGUGUGCCAGCACAAACACUGAACACCAGUACAAGCUCGUCAAGGACAUCUCCUUCUGAGCACAAAUUCACACACAGGGACGGACUGGAUGAAUUAACACAACUUUAUUUCAAUAGUUCACCCCUUUUCUCUUUUUCGCCGACAUGGUUUUUGUGGGGCUGCAGUGGAUUGUGCAGUUUGUAACCAACAUAUUGCCUCUCAUUUUCUGUCAUUGUCACCUACACCCUUUCUAAUUUAAACACCUCUUAAAAACACUCCAAAUUUUACUUGAAUAUAGGCUUGGGCCGAUAAAAAAAAAAUUGGUGGACAAUAUAUUCUCUGUCAGAUUAUUGCAGCUAAACAAUAUUAUUGUCCGCAUUAUUUUAAGACCAAUGUAAGUACUAAUGCAAUCGUAGUAUGUAAUGAUAAUAAUAAUGCAAGCAACCCUUUUAAAUGCAACAAACUUAUAUUCCUCUUUUGUAUUUUUUAACAUCGUAAUUGGAAAGUAAAAGUACAAGUAUGCAAACACUAAAAUUGCACUUUCAGUCUCUGUUAGAAAAAAUUGCACUUAAAUAUGUUCUGACGGGCUGUGUUCGACUAAGGAUUUCAAUAGUCGAAUCUGAUUUGUUUGAUUUUGCCCAUAGUCGACUAUCAGUCGAAUCUGUAGUGUUGUUGUUUUUUUAGGAAAAACAAUUAUUGUGAAGAUAGUGUAUACUGACUGGUCAGGUGGUUGGGUGUCUAUAUUACAUCACAUGAUGUCCUUAUACAGCAUUCGGUGAUGUCUCGCCGCCCCAACUUGUCUACAUGCAAAAGGAUCCCCUGCUGGUCCCACUAUGGACUAGACCAGUGGUUCUUUACCUUGUUGGAGGUACCGAACCCCACCAGUUUCAUAUGCGCAUUCACCGAACCCUUCUUAAGUGAAUAAUAAAAUGUUGGGGGGUUUUUUCAAAUUCAAGACAAAGUGAUAUGUUUUGGUAAAUUUUUAGUAUGGGGAACAUAUUCUAAGUAACAAAGACUUAAUUUAGAGUUAUUUGGUUAGGGUUAGAGGGUUAGGGUUAUAAUAAGGCCAUGCCAAAUAAGGCAUUAAUAAGUACUUAAUAAUGGCUAGUUAAGAGCCAAUAUGUUACUAAUUUGCUUGUUAAUAAGCAACUAAUUAAUGAUGAAUGUGUUCCCCAUACUAAAGUGUUAACAUGUUUUUUUACUGGUGCACAAAAUGAACUGUGCAUGAACAUCACCUUGUUCAAAGAACAAAACCAACACAGUGCAUAAACUCACAACAAAUUACACACCUGCAAUUCAGUGUGACUUCUGCUGUUGCCGUAUCCGUAAUACGCCGAUAGGGAGAAGUUUUUAUUUACACGAUGAGUCGGGUGUGUUUUGACCUCCGCCGAACCCCUAAGCCCGACUCACCGAACCUCUAGGGUUCGAUCGAACCCAGGUUAAGAACCACUGGACUAGACUCUCACAUUAUUAACCGUAUCCACUCGGCAUCCAUUGCACCGGUCCCUUCCAAGGUUUCUCCUUAUGCACAUUGGGUUGAGUUUUUUCUUGCCCUAAUGUGGGAUCUGAGCCGAGGAUGUCGUUGUGGCUUGUGCAGCCCUUUGAGACAUUUGUGAUUAAGGGCUGUAUAAGUAAACUUUGAUUGAUUGAUGUAAAUCUAGCCAUUAUGAGGUGAUUAUUUCACCUUCUAAAAGGAAUACAGGCUUUCAAUAAAGUGAACAAAACAGACAUUUAAUUUUCAACUUUUUCCACAUCAAAAAAAGCUGAAAGACUCUGAUACACAAACACAGUUGAGAUUGGAGUGAUCGAAUAGAGAGCGGGCCGCCACAAUUAGGUGGUCAGAUUCCCAUACUUUGCGCACUCCUCACAGGACUUCCUGGGGGAUAUGGUCGAAUGCCUUUUCCAAGUUCACAAAACACAUCUUCACUGGUUGGGCUAACUCCCAUGCACCCUCAAAGAUUCUGCCGAGAGAAUAGAGCUGGUCCACAGUUCCACGACUGGGGCGAAAACCACACUGCUCCUCCUGAAUCAGACAUUUAACUAUCCAGCAUAGCCUCCUCUCCAGUACGCCUGAGUUGACCUUACCGAGAAGGCUGAGGAGUUUGAUCCCGCGAUAGUUGGAACACACCCUUCGGUUCCCCUUUUUAAAUAGAAGAAUCACAUCCCCAGUCUGCAAAUCCAGAAGAACCGCCCCCGAUGUCCACGCAAUGCUGUAGAGUCUCGUCAACCAAGACAGUCCCAUAGCACCCAGAGCCUUAAGGAAGUCUGGGCGGAUCUCAGCCACCGAGAAGAUUCUUAACUACCUCGGCAACCUCAGUUCCAGAAACAGGAUAGCCCACCACAGAGUCCCCAGCCACUGCUUCCACAUUGGAAGACAUUUAGGUGGCAUUGAGGAGGUCUUCGAAGCAUUCCUUCCACCAAUCCACAACAUCCUUAGUCGAGGUCAGCCGCACUCUGUCCCCACAUACACAGUGUUGACAGUGCACUGCUUCCCCCUCCCGAGGCUCGGGAUGGUGGUCCAAAAUCGCUGCACAUAUGGACACCUUUAUGUUUGAACAUGGUGUUUGUUAUGAAUAAUCUGUGACUAGCACAAAAGUCCAGUAACAAAACACCACUCUGGUUUAGAUUCGGGCGGCUGUUACUCCCACUCACGCUUCUUCAGGUUUCACUGUCGUUGCCAACGUGAGCGUUGAAGUCCCCCAGUAGAACAAAGGAAUCACCUGAGGAAGCACUCUCCAGUACUCCCUGUAGGGACUCCAUUAAGGGCGGGUACUUAGAACUAUUGUUUGGUGCGUAAGCACAAACAAGAGUCAGGAACCAUCCCCCACUAGUAGGCGGAGGGAAGCCACCAUCUCGUCCACAGGGUUACACUCCAACGUACAGGCUCUGAGCAGCUGGGCAACAAGUAUUGCCGACCCUAGCCAGUCUCCUCUCACAGCUGGCAAAGCCAAAAUAGAAGAGAGUCCAGCCCCUCUUUAGAAGACUGGUUCCAGAGCCGUUGCUGUGUGUCGAAGUGAGACUGACUAGAUCCAGCCGAAACUUCUCCACCUUGCGCACCAGCUCAGGCUUCUUCCCCACCAGCGAGGCGACGUUCCACGUCCCAAGAGCUAGCUUCUGUAGCCAAAGAUCAGACCACCAAAGGCCCUGCUUUUGACUUCCACCCAGCUAACAAAACACCCAACCUCUAUGGCCUCACUUAUGGGUGGUGAGCCCUCUCCGGGCCCCAUGGGGGCAGGCCCUACAACCAGGUGCUCGCCAUCGAGCCUCACCUCCAGCCAUCGAGCCUCACCUCCAGUGAGCUGCGCCUGUGCGAGGGAAAACUGUGUUCCUGUUCUUGUCUAUUCAUAGAAGUCUUUGGGCUCCCUGUAUGAUCAGUGUCAGAGCUUGUGCCGCAUUGCAGGCAGUAAGUCCGACUUGUUUCCAGUGAGGGUUGGACUUUGUCAUCGAUUUUGUUUACAACUUUUAUGGACAGAAUUUCUGGAUGCAGUCUGGCGUUGAAGGUAUUGGGUUUGGUGGCUGCAGGAUUAGCUAUCUGCUUUUUGAGGUUGAUGUGGUCCUGCUGGCUUCAUCUGGCCAUGAUCUUAAGCUCUCACUGCAUCAGUUCGCAGCUGAGUGUGAAGCGACUGGGAUGAAAAUCAGCAAUUCCAAGUUCAUGUCCAUGUUUUUUGCCGGGAAAGAGUGGAGUGCCAUCUCCACCUCAGGGUCUUGUUAAUGAGUGAGGAAAGAAUGGAUCAUGAGAUCAACAGGCAGAUUGUCGCGGCGUUUGCAGUGAUGUGAACCCUGCAUCGAUCCGUCGUGGUGAAAAAGGAGCUGAGCCCGAAGGGAAAGCUCUCAAUUUACCAGUCGAUCUAUGUUCCUAUCCUCACAUGUAGUCAUGAGCUUUGGGUUAUGACCAAAAAGACAAGAUCACGGGUACAAGCGGCCGAAAUGUGUUUCUUCUGUCGAGUGGCGGGGCUCUCGCUUAGAGAUAGGGUAAGAAGCUCUGUCAUUUGGGAGGAGCUCAGAGUAAAGCCGCUCCUCCUCCACAUCGAGAAGAGCCAGAUGAGGUGGUGUGGGCAUCUAGUCGGCUGAACUAAGUAGCUGGGUAGAGGGAAGUCUGGGCUUCUCUACGUAGGCUGCUGCCCCUGCGACCCCACUUGGGAUAAGGGGAAGAAGAUGGAUGGAUGCAGAUUGGAUUGUUUAGUGAGGUCAUCGGCUAAGACAUCAAACUUGACCUAGUAGAAGAAGCAAAAAUCAGAACAAGAUUUCUGUAUGUAAACCUGCAGAAGGAUCAUUACCUUUGCCAGCAAAAAGUUACACCUCCAGGACGAUGUGGCGCAUCCCGUCACAAGCCGUGUUUGGUGAGUUCCAUUCAGCAGGCCAGAGGCCCACGGUGGCACGGAAAACUUCCUGUCUGACUUUAGUGUGUCCAUGUGUAGAAACAUCUUAUCAACACAAUUAAUAAAAGAUUCUUGUGUGCAUACAAAUAGUUUUAGAGAGAGAGAUGUGGGAGGCCAAAACAAACAGCAAGCUGUUACAGACAUGUGACAACAGGAAGUGUUCUGGCUCCAUAAAAGUAGUGAUCGCCUCCUAGUGACAGCCACAAUUGAUAGCAGAUACAAAUUAUGGCUUACUUUCUCAAAACUAUUUGUCUGCACACAAAAGUAUUUUAACAAAUAAUGAACAUAAUCAAUCCAUCCCCCCAACACACCUGCUGUGCGGGGGGGACCUCUGCUGGUACUUAUCUCUGCCGCCCUUAAUGUCUACCGAUUUGACUGCAAGGUUUAUUUCGAAUCAGAAUCUUCCAAAUUGAUUUGUCGAAUCUUUGACUAUUUGAAGAUAGCAGUUGAAGAGCAGUUUUUUUCUCCAUUAGUUGAUGGACUAAUCUUGCUCAUUUGGUUUGAAAAAAAAAUAUUACUAUAAUGGGACAUUUGGCUUUGCAGUUAUUUUUUUUCCCUCUUAAUGUUUGUUACAUUGCGGUGCUUCUCACCAACGACUAGCAAGGCUUUGUCGUCUGCAAAAGCUUGCAGUCUCACUUCCAACCACAUAGACAAAGAUUGUGGAUGAUAAUAGGGUUCACUUCCUUCAUUUCAUUCUGCUAUAGAACAAAUGCACUCAGGCGCUGAGAGAGAUGCAGAGUUAACUCCCUUUCGCCUUUGUUAGAAGUAAGCGACAAAGUAAACAAACCCAUACAAACAUGGCAAUUUGAGUUAAUUUUCAUUUGGUUGAUUAAUUGACUUAUCGGCCGAGGCCUACUUGAAUAGACUGUGUGAAAAUCCCUUUGUCAAUUGUUUUUUUCUUAUAACUCAUGCCUCAUCUUUCUAGUAGUCACUUUACACACAGAAAUACUGAUUUCCAAUAAUGAUUGAGCCCUGCCCCAGAGUUUAUCUUGAACAGCCCAGUGGUUUUAGAAAAAAGUAAGUGGAAAAAAUACUUUUGCAAUUACAACUUGUAUCCGAGGGCUCUGCGGCCCCACACAACAGAGAAAGGACAACGUCAAACUGCAGGAACAUACAUUCUUUUUUCGCUGUGCAGUGCCUCUUUGACUCAGCUGAGCUCUACUCGCCUCAGUUUGGGGCUUUCAGCUUUCCCCUUCAAAAUAGUAAGGUAAUUGGAAAAACCUUGCCACCUUGAACACAUAAUUUAGAACAAAAACAAUGAAGGAGACUCUUUUUUUAUUCCCAGUGUGUUGGCCUUUGUAAGGAGAGCCAGGAUGUUUACAGCUAAGGCACAGCAACAGAGUUGGCAUAUGUGUUUAUUUUUAUCAUUUCUCGUUGUGUAUCAAACAGAGUGAGCAGCAGUGGUUUUUGGCAUUCAUAGUAUAGUUUCUGCUCAGCAGAUGCUAGAAAUAGUACCAGGAAGUACCUCGAAACGUUGUAAUUGUCAGUCGUGUCUUGGAGAGCCUAGCAGAGUCCAGUGCAGUGGACAAGAGACAAAAGUCAGACUCUAUCUAUUAUCACCAUCAGGAUAAUAAGACAAAUCAGGCUGUCAAAACUACAGGAUUAAUAUAGAUUAAAAAUGAAUUAUAUAUAAUUGUGAUUACCGGUAAAUGAAAUGAAUCCCCAGCAACCCUGUGAUUAUUCUACCGGUAAUUUGAAAAUGUCAUUGUUUGGCAGCCCUAAAUACCAGUUUAUUCACAUGUUAAAAUUGCAGAUCAGUUUGCUGUAUUAAAUAUGAAAUGUAUAUACAGUGGUAUUGAAUUCACGACAGCGCUAUCUGUGGGAUCAGGUGCUUAUAGAUCCAUUUUAUGUAAAUCAAUGAAGCUUGUUUAAAUACCUUGACUGUGUCUUAGUUUCCCGUCCCGGCGUGAUAUUGAUAGAUGGAAACUAAAAUAGAUGUUCUUAUAAACUCUGUAUAUAUAAAAUACAUCCUAUAAUGCCACUGUCGUUUACCACCUUAUCAAUAAAGUUUGGUGUUUUGAAAGUGCUGGUAUGUUUUGAAGUGGCUCAUGUGAGGGCAGUGUAGAUGUUAGCCACUUUUCCAUCAAGUCUGGUUUAUCAUUUCCUUGCUCAUUUUUGUUUUUAGCAUGUGUACCAUCUUCAUCCUUCCGCGCUGUUAUCCACCCAUCUUCUUUCCACGUCUUGCACAUCCCUUUUGUUCUUUUUUUCCUUUUGCCUUCCUCCUCCUCACUCCUACACCAGUUAUUUUCCCUCCAUGGUCCUGAGUUUGUCCCUGGUUAUAA